AUGGCAGAGUUGAAGCCAAUGACGGCGGCUCUUCCGAUGGAGUUGCAGCUCAUGAUCAUGCGGGAGCUGGCAGACGCCCACAAUUCCCCAACCUCCCGACGUCGCGGCAUCGCGUCCUACACCUGCGUCUCCAAAGACUGGCAGGUCUUCUUCGAGCGCCUGACUUUCAAGCACCUCAUCGUCCGCCCAAACGCUCUUCCUUCAUUCAGGCAGGUCACUCUCGAUCCGCGACGACAGAGCUUGGUGAGGCACGUCUGGCUACGGAUCGAGAAGCCCCGACCCGACGAAGAAGAUGGCCUCGUUGCGCCAGACGAUGGCUGGUCGGGUUCCUGCUCCGUAGAGUCGGCCAUCGCGUUGCAUCUUCUGACGACGCUUUCCACGUGGACGGCCAGAGGCUCGGGUCGGGGCCUGACGCUGGAGUUGAGCUCCCACACCUACGUGGGCCUCGUGCGGUACGCAGAGUACGCUCCCCCGGACGACCUCGGCCUCUACUCCAAAUACCUCGAGACGGGAUCCCUCGGGGCCUACGAUGGGCUCGACAAGUUUGGCCACACGAGUCCCAGGUGGCACGACGAGGUGGCCUCGUCCGCUUCAAGGCUUGCCGGGGCGACGAGCAACCUCUUCACGUGGGGCACCGUGGAGUUCCAUACGAUCCAGCUCCCGCGCGUCGAGGUUGUCACGAAGCUCCUGAUGAGGAGGGCCGGCACCCGGAACAUCAAGGCAACGGGCCUCGCGCAAAUCAUCAAGAGUCUCCCGCGGUUGGAGGAGAUUCAUUUGGAGAGAUGGCGCAUCGGGCGCGCGACGCAAGAGAAGAGGUGGCUCAGGGAUUUCGCUGAUCAUCUCGAACAUGGUAUACCUCCGUCGGUGAAGAAACUCGCAUUCUUCCACGAGGAGAUUGAUGCGCCGCACUAUGCGUAUAGCCUCCCAUUUCGGGCACCCAGGGAGGAACUGGACGCGUUCCUGGCCAGGAGAACCCUCCAUGUAGAAUGCUUGUCCCUCUGCUUCGUCACGGAAGCGGAGAGCUUCUUCCGCCACGUGCUGCAAGCAACAAAGGUGAACUUGGGAAGCGAAACCGACGGGCCCGCCCGUGCAAAUUACACAGAACCCGUCCCAUUUCGAAGCCUAAAGCUCUUAACCUUAACCUCGACUUGUUUCGUCCCCAAAGAGGGCCCCUACCGGGAAGUCUAUUCUUGGCAACGGAGUGUGGAUGAGGUGCUUUUGUCAGCUGCGGCCGUGGUGGCUGGGAUACCCACGCUACAGCUGUUGGAAAUAUGGAGUGGCAGGGAUGGCCACGCCAGCAUCUUCCGCUACAAAGUCAACAGCAACAACAACUCUGCCACUAUUGUUUGGAGCAGCACGCAAGACAUUGGAGUGAUGAGCUCGGACGUGAUCGAGGCCUGGAGGAGGACUACUACGCUUUCCGGAGGGCGGCGCGAGCUCAAGACCGAAGUUGUUCGGCUUCCGCGGGAAGGGUUCGAAUACCACGGUUCAGUUUUGCCGUAUUUGGAUUCUCAGGGGUGGGUUGUGGAUCCUGUCUCCGCCGCACAAAUCGUCUGA